GGAAUACUGGAAAGUCAUUUCACUGUUUUCCUCAGCUAUCCUCUGGCUCGAAUCUUAACGCUGAUACAGACCUCGAAAGUCAAAGUUUAUUGCUCGCACACGUCUACCGAAGUUGCUUUGUUCAGACUGCAACCUUUCUUGACAACCUUAUCUCCUCUAAAGACGAGAUUGCCACCCUUAGCCUUGGAAUCAGUGGCCAGGAUGCUUUGGUCUCUAGAGUUAAAGAGUUGAUCUCUUAUUUAACGGACUUCGAAAAUGAUCCCGACCUCUCUACCGUGUCCCAGUUUCCUACGAUAUUUCCCUCUUCUGUAAGUCUGUCCUUGCAUGUACCCUCUACUCAAACGUCUCUCCAGAUCCACCUGACGGCUGCCAAUCGAUUAUCUCAGCGUCUGCUACAGUCCCCUGUGCCUCCGAAGUCUCCACCUCCAGUAUCUAUCUCACCCCCAGCUGAUGAUGGAAACGGUAUUUUUAACGAAAGCUCUUCUGUUGUCGAUGCUGAGGCAUCUAAUCGCACUUUGACUUGUCAGGAUUCCUUAAUCAUGCCCCUGACAGCAUCACAAAUUCCAGUCGACUCGGACGAUCCCGUCAACAUUGAAUCUGAUUUU